CAGUUAGCUAGCAGCUAGUGUGUGACGUUAGUGCUGACUAGUUUCUGUGGAUUGAAGAUGGCCCCUUUUCCCGACGAAGUGGAUGUUUUUACUGGCACACAUUGGCGAAUUAAACAGUUGCCCUUGACAACAGUGGGCCCCAGCAACAAAACUGCCCACACAGGCUGUGAACAAGUGAGUCGGUGGCAUUCUCUCUUUACUGUGCUCAAUGCUAUGUUCGAUGCUCAGGGCCGCUACUUCGAUGCAGACAAGAAACAGGAUUUACGUGAAAUGUUACAGACACAGCUGGACAAGAUGGAAACGGACACAGUGACAGUGCGCACCGAGGAAGAGAGGCCAUGGACAGACAGAGCUGAAACUUCACUGCUUGACAUGUAUGAUGAAAUCCUGGUUGAGACUGAAACGACGAAACAGCACAGCAAGACGUGAGCCCUAGGACCAUGCCUCAGGACUACCUGGCAUGAUGACUCCUUGCUGUCCCCAGUCCACCUGUCCGUGCUGCUGCUCCAGUUUCAACUGUUCUGCCUGCGGCUAUGGAAGCCUGACCUGUUCACCGGACGUUCUACCUGUCCCAGACCUGCUGUUUUCAACUCUCUAGAGACAGCAGGAGCGGUAGAGAUACUCUUAAUGAUCGGCUAUGAAAAGCCAACUGACAUUUACUCCUGAGGUGCUGACUAGCUGCACCCUCGACAACUACUGUAAUUAUUAUUAUUUGACCCUGCUGGUCAUUUAUGAACAUUUGAAAAUCUUGGCCAUGUUCUGUUAUAAUCUCCACCCGGCACAGCCAGAAGAGGACUGGCCACCCCUCAUAGCCUGCUUCCUCUCUAGGUUUCUUCCUAGGUUUUUGCUUUUCUAGGGAUUUUUUCCUAGCCACCGUGCUUCUACACCUGCAUUGCUUGCUGUUUGGGGUUUUAGGCUGGGUUUCUGUACAGCACUUUGAGAUAUCAGCUGAUUUAAGAAGGGCUAUAUAAAAUACAUUUGAUUUGAUUUGAUAUGCAUGAGGAAAAUUUCAAGAACUUUGAAAGUUUCUUAAAGUGCAGUCGCAAAAGCCAUCAAGCGCUAUGAUGAAACUGGCUCUCAUGAGGACCGCAUGUCACGACUUCCGCCGAAGUUGGCUCCUAUACACACUCCUAACAACGGCACAGGAAAGGAAGACCCAGAGUUACCUCUGCUGCAGAGGAUAAGUUCAUUAGAGUUACCAGCCUCAAAAUGUGCAGCCCAAAUAAAUGUUUCACAGAGUUCAAGUAACAGACUCAUCUCAACAUCAACUGUUCAGAGGAGACUGCGUGAAUCAGGCCUUUAUGGUUCGAAUUGCUGCAAAGAAACCACUACUAAAGUACACCUAUAAGAAGACGAGACUUGCUUGGGCCAAGAAACACGAGCAAAGGUCAUUAGACCGGUCAGUGGUGGUUCUAGCUUGUAUGGCUCCCUGGGCAAACCCCCCCUUCUGCACCCCUCCACCCUCGGCCCCCAAAAAAGAAUCACCAUUCUGCACUAACUGUAAUUUUUAUUCAGACAUUUGGAAUAACACAAAUACAUAUUCAUAACAUCUAAAAUUAUAUAAAUAUAAAAAUAUAUACAAAAGUAAGACUCAUAAAUAUCAAAAAGAAGUAACAAAGACAAACAGAAACAAAUGUGUUGAUUUGGCACUCGAACAUCAAUACAUUACCCAUCCCCCAACACUGUCACCCAAGAGUCAAGACUAAACCAAUUCACCUUGGUGGUGUGCAUACUGGUUUUAUAUUAUUUUUAACGAUUUCACACAAACCAGAAAAAAAUGCAACGAUAUGUCUGUGAAACUAUAUAUCUACAGUAUUAUGAAUGAAUUGUGGUUUAUUUGGUAACAUUUCGUAGUGUGACUGAUUUGACUAAUUGCAUUAGUACUGUACAAAGUUAGAGGUGCCUCAUUUCAUAGAUUCCCCCGCCGCCCCUACCUCGGGCUUCCAGUGGGGAGACCUGAGGUCAACCUACCCCGCUCCCCCUACCUCGUGCUUCCAGUGGGGAGACCUGAGGUCAACCUACCCCGCUCCCCCUACCUCGGGCUUCCAGUGGGGAGACCUGAGGUCAACCUACCCCGCUCCCCCUACCUCGGGCUUCCAGUGGGGAGACCUGAGGUCAACCUACCCCGCUCCCCCUACCUCGGGCUUCCAGUGGGGAGAACUGAGGUCAACCUACCCCGCUCCCCCUACCUCGGGCUUCCAGUGGGGAGACCUGAGGUCAACCUACCCCGCUCCCCCUACCUCGGGCUUCCAGUGGGGAGACCUGAGGUCAACCUACCCCGCUCCCCCUACCUCGGGCUUCCAGUGGGGAGACCUGAGGUCAACCUACCCCGCUCCCCCUACCUCGGGCUUCCAGUGGGGAGACCUGAGGUCAACCUACCCCGCUCCCCCUACCUCGGGCUUCCAGUGGGGAGACCUGAGGUCAACCUACCCCGCCCCCUCCAAAUCUCGUACUUCUGAGUGGGAGACCUUCCCAGGCAGUAGCCUGCCUAGCUCACAAACUAGAGUCAGGGUGCCCACUCCGACAAGUUUAAUUGACCCACAGUCCCACACGGUGACAUGAUAUCAUUGACGUGACAUGCAAAUUAGUGAAAGAAAACCGAUCGUACAAAUGUCACCAGUCCAAAAUGUUUCGUGCAGGCUCCCCGCCCCUGGCGGCUGCCCAUGUCGCCUAUACCUAAAUCCGCCACUGAGACUGGUGGAAAUCUGUCCUUUGGUCUUAUGAGUCCAAAUUUGAGACUUUUGGUUCCAACCGUCGUGUCUUUGUGAAACGCAGAGUAGGUGAACGGAUGAUCUCCGCAUGUGUAGUUCCCACCGUGAAGCAUGGAGGAGGACGUGUGAUGGUGUGGGGGUGCCUUUGCUGGUGACACUGUCAGUGAUUUAUUUAGAAUUCAAGGCACACUUAACCAGCAUGGCUACCACAGCAUUCUGCAGCAAUACACCAUCCCAUCUGGUUUGGGCUUAGUGGGACUAUCAUUUGUUUUUCAACAGGACAAUAACCCAACACACCUCCAAGUUCCGGCAUCGUUUUAUGUAUCAAUUCAUAAACCAUGUGCCAUUGAAUCGGUACAUCAAAAAUCUAUAUUAUCACAAUUUUCUUUAACCAAUUUUAUUUUUUAAUGCAGGGACAGACAAGUUCCUUACUUUCUCCAACUUCCACUUGCCUCUUCCAUGUUUGCGGUAAUGCUACAAUUAGUUGGUUGUAAUUUUGGGUAGAGCAGACAUUUCCAUAUAUUUUUGUUAGCUGCAUGUGAGACAUAACUCCACCAGUCCUAUUUAUGAAUAUAAUUUACAAAGAUAAUUUACAAAAACAUAUUUGUUCUGUCUUUUCUGGUGGAUUAAACUGAAAUAGCAAACAACUUUCGAUGGCUUGUUUUAAAAAUAGUGAUAUUUUUGAGAUUAUUUCAUUUUCAAAUAACCGAAAGUGAGAGGUUGUAAUCUGAAUAAAGGGAAAAAGGCAAUUUUUGAACAUGGGGUGAGACAUUCUUACUAACCUGCUAGAGAACCAGUUUGGAUUUAAGUAUAACAUUUGUAUGACUGAAGCCUUUAGUGAGAGGUCUAAUGCUUUAAUAUUUUAUUAUUUCUGACUCCGAAUUCCUAUUCAUUAUAUAAAUAGGCCCGUUUAAUUUUGUCUGACUUACCAUUCCAAAUAAAAUGUUAUAUUUUUUGCUCAUAUAUUUGAAAAAACAUGUCGCUAGGUGUAGGCAAGCCAUAAUCAAAUAGGUAAACUGGGAUAUGACUAAAGAGUUCAUCAGGUUAAACUGGGAUAUGACUAAAGAGUUCAUCGGGGUAAACUGGGAUAUGACUAAAGAGUUCAUCAGGUUAAACUGGGAUAUGACUAAAGAGUUCAUCGGGGUAAACUGGGAUAUGACUAAAGAGUUCAUCAGGGUAAACUGGGAUAUGACUAAAGAGUUCAUCGGGGUAAACUGGGAUAUGACUAAAGAGUUCAUCAGGGUAAACUGGGAUAUGACUAAAGAGUUCAUCAGGGUAAACUGGGAUAUGACUAAAGAGUUCAUCAGGGUAAACUGGGAUAUGACUAAAGAGUUCAUCAGGGUAAACUGGGAUAUGACUAAAGAGUUCAUCAGGGUAAACUGGGAUAUGACUAAAGAGUUCAUCAGGGUAAACUGGGAUAUGACUAAAGAGUUCAUCAGGGUAAACUGGGAUAUGACUAAAGAGUUCAUCAGGGUAAACUGGGAUAUGACUAAAGAGUUCAUCCGGGUAAACUGGGAUAUGACUAAAGAGUUCAUCAGGGUAAACUGGGAUAUGACUAAAGAGUUCAUCAGGGUAAACUGGGAUAUGACUAAAGAGUUCAUCAGGGUAAACUGGGAUAUGAUUAAAGAGUUCAUCGGGGUAAACUGGGAUAUGACUAAAGAGUUCAUCAGGGUAAACUGGGAUAUGACUAAAGAGUUCAUCAGGGUAAACUGGGAUAUGACUAAAGAGUUCAUCAGGGUAAACUGGGAUAUGACUAAAGAGUUCAUCAGGGUAAACUGGGAUAUGACUAAAGAGUUCAUCCGGGUAAACUGGGAUAUGACUAAAGAGUUCAUCAGGGUAAACUGGGAUAUGACUAAAGAGUUCAUCGGGGUAAACUGGGAUAUGACUAAAGAGUUCAUCGGGGUAAACUGGGAUAUGACUAAAGAGUUCAUCGGGGUAAACUGGGAUAUGACUAAAGAGUUCAUCGGGGUAAACUGGGAUAUGACUAAAGAGUUCAUCAGGGUAAACUGGGAUAUGACUAAAGAGUUCAUCGGGGUAAACUGGGAUAUGACUAAAGAGUUCAUCAGGGUAAACUGGGAUAUGACUAAAGAGUUCAUCGGGGUAAACUGGGAUAUGACUAAAGAGUUCAUCAGGGUAAACUGGGAUAUGACUAAAGAGUUCAUCAGGGUAAUUUUUCCACAACUAGACAGGUAUUUUCCUUUCCAUGGUAGCACGAUCAUAUCUAUUGUCGCUAACUUUCUAUUAAAAUGUAUUGUAGUGAGAUACAUUUAUUUAUUUCGGGAUAUGUGUUCUUUGUGUUCCAUAAACACUCAACCAAUAAUUUAUACUCAUCUUGAGCCAUUCACACACACACACACACACACACACACACACACACACAAACACGCACGCACGCACGCACGCACACACACACACAGCAGCCAUAUGUACUAAAACGGUGUACCCUCGUUGAGCUGAAUGUAUUAUUCGGGUGCUGAACAAUUUCUACAGAAUGUAGCUGUAUCCAUAGAAUUCUGAACACCAAGGCAACACAGCACAAAGGACGAAUGAUUACAUGCUUUGGAUGUGUUGUAUCAAGAGACAUGUCUUCUGUAAUUGCAUAUGAAGAUUUCAUAGCACUUUGCCCUGAUUACAUAAUGAGUCCAUUCACACCGUGAUAGUAUAUAUUGAACAGCAUAUGUUCCUGCAUCUCUGAACACCUAUUUAGUUUAGUCUAGUGCAGAUUGUACUGUUCUGUUAUGUCUGAAGUGGCAGCCUCAAUCGAGAAAAACCUUUGACCAUUUCCUAUAGUCUCCAUGUGAUUUUCUUGUAUUCAAGUCUCUUCCUUGUAAGGCGUGCUGGAGAUCUUCGGAAUAAAAUAACAAGCAUUGAUACAGCAUGGUAUAUGGUAUGAGUCAUUCAAUCAUUUGUCAAGGCCACCUAAAUAUGACAAACCCCUAGCCCUCAAGGCCCCCCAUUAUUAGCCAAAUAAAAACCCAAU